UUUCGAAAUGUCUGGCUCGAGAGUAUCGGAUCUGAGCAAGUUGCAUCUCAAGAGAGAGCUGACUCAAAUCAAGAAAGCUUCCCGCGUUCUACGCGAUCCAGGCACCUCUUCCUCCUGGAGAUCCCCUCUCACCUCCUCCAGAUCCGUCUCCGCGACUGUGCCUGCGGUUCUGGAGCCUCCGGUGUGCAGAAACAAUGCUCUAAAAGGGAAGGAGAAGAAAGUGUUCUUACACAACUGGAAUACUAACAAUGAAUCUUCAUGGACACAACAAGCUAGUCUCAACAACGACGAAGAUGGUGAUGAUGUGAGUGAUGCAAGGAAGGGUGGAGAUUCGAUGACUUUCAGGUGCAGAGACACCAAUCUAGCGUCAAAGACGAGGAAGAAGAGUAAGAGAAACAACAUAGUGGCUAGAAGGAGAUGUGACUCUGCUGAACUAUCAGACGAAACAGAGGAUCCAAGGACCAUCACUAAUGCAUCUCCUUUGCUUUUGAAGCAGCUUAAUCGCAAGAACUGGUCACGUUCUUUGAUAACUAGUAGAAAAGAGGAUUCUUCAUGUACUCAUAACAGCACACCAAGCUCCUUCAACAUCUACGCUCUUCGUAAUCCAAACAACGUUGGAUCUUGGGAUGGUACCACUACAACUUGCGACGGCGAUGAUGAUGAGUUGGGUGAUAACUUGGAUUCACCAGGGAGACAACAAGGCUGUGGGAUUUGGACCAAGAAGGCUAUGAAUGGUGGGUGCAGAAGCUGUUUCUCUCCUUCCUUGUCUGAUACUUUGAGAAGUAGCAUUUUAUGUGGGAGUGGACCGCUGUAUCGUAGACAUAGUAAACACAAGAUUGGUUCAAGAAGUGCUCAAGGUGUUUUGCCUUUGCUAACUUAUGGUGGCAGUGAUGAUGAUGAUGAGCUUUAUUUAGAGGCUCAGAGUAGAUUAGAUGGGAAGAGGUGGUCUACUAGUUGUAGGAGUCAAGGUGGAAGUACACAAAGCUUCAGCCAAAAGUACAGACCGAUGUUUUUCGAUGAACUGAUUGGUCAGAGUAUAGUUGUUCAGUCACUAAUGAACGCAUUAAAAAGGUGUAGGAUCACUCCUUUUUAUCUCUUCCAUGGUCCUAGAGGAACUGGCAAGACAUCGACCGCGAGGAUUUUUUCAGCAGCCUUGAACUGUGUGGCUACUGAAGAGAUGAAGCCUUGUGGUUACUGUAAAGAAUGCAAUGAGUUCAUUUCUGGGAAGAGUAAGGACUUUUGUGAAGUUGAUGGAGCUGAUAAGGUUAGGUACCUUUUGAGAAACCUUCCAAGGAAGUCCUCAAGAUAUAAGACUUUUGUUGUAGAUGAGUGUCAUAUGUUGCCAUCUAAGACGUGGCUGUCUUUUCUCAAGUUUCUUGAGAACCCUUUGAAGAAAGUUGUCUUCAUAUUUAUAACGACGGAUCUUGAUAAUGUCCCUAGGACCAUUCAGUCAAGGUGCCAGAAGUUCCUAUUUGACAAAGUUAAAGAUGCAGACAUAGUAGUGAGACUGAAGAAGAUUGCUUCAGACGAGAAUCUUGAUGUGGAAUCUGACGCGUUGGAACUGAUUGGUAUGAACGCGGAUGGUUCAGUUAUAGAUGCUGAAACUAUGUUGGAGCAGCUGAGUUUGCUGGGGAAACGUAUCACCACUGGUCUAGUAAACGAGCUAGUGGGUGUUGUUUCAGAUGAAAAACUGCUGGAACUUUUGGAAUUAGCAUUGUCAUCUGAUACGGCAGAGACAGUGAAGCGAGCUAGAGAGUUACUGGACCUUGGAGCUGACCCAAUAGUCUUGAUGUCUCAACUUGCUAGUCUUAUCAUGGACAUCAUUGCUGGUACAUACAAGGUGGUAGACGAAAAGUACAGCGAAGCCUUCCUUGACGGACGAAACCUGAGUGAAGCGGAUAUGGAGGGACUAAAACACGCUUUGAAACUUCUUUCUGAGGCAGAGAAGCAGCUUAGAGUUUCUAAUGACCGUUCGACCUGGUUCACAGCGACUUUGCUUCAGCUUGGGUCAAUGCCUUCUCCUGGAACCACGCUUACAGGAUGUAGCAGUAGAAGGCAAAGCUCUAGAGCCACUGAUGACGACCCGUCAAGCGUUUCAAGGGAGGUGAUGGCUUACAAACAGAGUAUAGGAGGGCUUCACUUUAGUAAGUCGGCAUCGCCAAAAAGAAGCGGAAAGCAUACCCAUGAAGCGAGUUCUUUCUCCAGGGUUAUCGAUAAUACAUGCUAUAAAGCCUCCUCGUCUAGCCAAACUCCAGAGAGAGAAGCCUCCAAUGCCUCACAUGGCAAUAGUACUGCAAGCACCAUGAUGCUUACUCAAAGAAGUUCAGAGAAACUAAACGAGAUAUGGAGAAAAUGUAUAGAAAUAUGCCAUUCCAGAACAUUGAGGCAGCUGCUCUAUACUCAUGGGAAACUUAUAUCUAUCAGUGAAGUUGAAGGUAUUCUAGUUGCUUAUAUAGCGUUUGGAGACACCAAGAUCAAAACAAGAGCUGAAAGGUUUCUAAGCAGUAUCACAAACUCGAUGGAAAUGGUACUAAGGAGAAGCUUAGACGUCAGGAUACUACUCUUGCCUGAAACCGAGCCACUCGUAGUCCCUUACCAAACCGGGAAACCAGAUAUGACAAACAAAGUUGGAGAUCUACAUGCUGCACCAGACCUUGGAGUUGGUAGCAGUGAAGAAGGCAGAUCAAAGAUCCCAAUGCAAAGGAUAGAAUCAAUCAUCCGAGAACAAAGAUUAGAAACAGCAUGGUUACAAACCGCUGAUAAAGACACGCCUGGAUCACUAACACGGAUAAAACCUGAAAGGAAUCAGAUUCUACCUCAAGAAGACACUUAUCGCCAACCUUCUGCUGUUUCUCCUUCCGGAUUAAAUAAUGACGUUAAGCUUUUGAGAAUUGGCGAAAAUGGUGAGCUUAAAGAGAAUCUAACUGGGAGCUGUCCUCUUUCCCCGAGCUUACUUCAUGAUUCUAAGUUUGGACACAAGAAAGACAAUAUAGGAGGAUACGAAUCAGGAACAGGGAGAGUUGGUUGUAAUAUGUUACUUUGUUGGAACACAAACAAGACUCAAAGAAGUAGCAAGAAACAGGGUAAGGGAACUCAUGUUCGUCCCCGAAGAAGUGGGAAGAGAGGAUUCUCUCUGUUUAAUGGAUGUGCUAAGCCAAGGACACCAGCAGGUAAAUUGAGAAGAUGA